ACCUCGACAGCUUUCUGAAAGCCACCAUUCACAUCUCAUUACCAAUACCUAUUGCAGCCAGCCAGCUCUUCUCAUACGACUUGGCGCAUCAAGCCUUCUGACCUAGAGUGGUAGCCAGAAUCUUGUCCUGAUCCGACGCUUGCAGACCUCGCCCCACCCCUCUUCCACAGGAUCUGUCGAGACUAAAUAAGGCCCAGCCCUACGCUUGUCCUUCCUUGUUCUUUCAAACAGACCCGUUCGGUCGCACCUCUCAUCUAUAGACGAUCGCAAUUUCUAUCCAGUCUUUCGCACCGACAGAGACUGUGAAGAGAUCGCAAUGGCGUCGUCUUCCUCCAAACUUGGCCAUGGCCUGGCCAAGUUCUUGAGGCUCGACCUCGGUGAGCGUACGGCUCACAAAGAUACCAUCACACGAGGUGAAUCCACCUACUCUGUCAGUACCGCCGACACAUACGUGGAAGAAGAACCAACAACCGGCGACUGGCUACGCGACCUAGUCCCCUCUCGCACAUUUUGGGCUCAUUACGUUCGCAGCCUCUUCCCCUUCCUCCAUUGGAUUACCCGCUAUAACCUGCAAUGGCUCUACGGAGAUCUUGUGGCCGGUAUCACUGUGGGCGCAGUCGUCGUUCCUCAAGGUAUGGCUUAUGCCAAAUUGGCGGAAUUGCCUGUCCAAUUCGGCCUGUAUUCCUCCUUCAUGGGUGUUUUGAUCUACUGGUUCUUCGCCACUUCAAAGGAUAUCACCAUCGGUCCAGUCGCAGUCAUGUCCACCAUCACUGGCAACAUCGUCCUCAAGAUGGCAAAACUACAUCCGGAGGUUCCCGGACAUGUCAUUGCUUCAGCUCUCGCCAUUAUUGCCGGCGCCAUCAUCUGCUUCAUUGGCCUCGUUCGAUGCGGUUGGAUUGUCGAUUUCAUUCCCUUGACCGCCAUCUCCGCCUAUAUGACCGGGUCGGCGAUUAACAUUGCCUGCGGCCAGAUUCCGACCAUGAUGGGUAUCAAAGUCAAGGGCUUCAAUACCAGAGCCUCCACCUAUUUGGUCAUCAUCAACACGUUGAAGUAUCUGGGCCACACAAAGGUCGAUGCUGCAAUGGGCUUGAGUGCUCUUUUCUUGCUCUAUGCAAUUCGCUUCACCUGCAACAAGAUGGCAAAGAAACAGCCCCAAAGGUCAAAGAUGUGGUUCUUCAUCGCCACACUCCGGACUUCAUUUGUCAUUCUAUUGUACACCAUGAUCAGCUGGCUCGUGAAUCGCCAUCAUCGCAAGAAGCCCAUCUUUGCGAUCCUGUCAACGGUACCUCGAGGGUUCCAAAAUGCGGCGGUACCAACCAUCAACACCAAAAUCAUCGGCUAUUUUGCUAGUGAGAUUCCUGUAACGGUCAUUGUGCUCCUCAUCGAGCACAUUGCUAUCUCAAAAUCUUUCGGUCGUGUCAACAACUAUACCAUCAACCCGUCGCAGGAACUGGUGGCCAUUGGUGUCACAAACCUGCUGGGUCCCUUCUUGGGAGCGUACCCAGCCACUGGCUCCUUCUCGCGAACAGCCAUCAAGUCCAAAGCUGGUGUGCGAACGCCGCUUGCCGGUCUCAUCACUGCACUUGUGGUUCUUUUGGCCAUCUAUGCCCUUCCUGCGGUAUUCUUCUACAUUCCCAGCGCAUCCCUGUCGGCCGUCAUCAUCCAUGCCGUGGGCGAUCUGAUCACACCACCGAGCACCCUAUACAAAUUCUGGCGAGUCUCACCUCUCGAAGUUCUCAUCUUCUUUGCGGGUGUGUUCGUCACCAUCUUCUCCUCCAUUGAGAACGGUAUCUACACCACCAUUUGUGUCAGCGUUGCAGUUCUCCUCUUCCGUGUUGUCAAGGCCCGAGGCCACUUCGUCGGCAAAGUCAAGAUCCACUCUGUUGUGGGCGAUCAUCUGAUGGAAGACAAGUUUCACGACAACCCGUCCGGGACUGACGACUCUGCACGCGAGAUCUUCCUGCCUCUCGACCACCGCGACGGUUCCAACCCUUCGAUCCAGGUCGAAGGUCCUUACCCUGGAGUCUUCAUCUACCGCUUCGCCGAAGGUUUCAAUUACCCCAACGCAAACCACUACACCGACUAUCUUGUGGAGUACAUCUUCGCGAACACGCGCCGCACCAACACCUCGUCGUAUCCACGACCGGGUGACAGACCAUGGAACAACCCAGGUCCACGACGCGGCAAGUCCGAGCCUGAUAGGUCUCACUUCCCCACCCUCAAGGCCGUCAUCCUGGACUUCUCGUCCGUCAACAACGUCGACAUCACGUCCAUUCAAAACCUGAUUGACAUCCGCAACCAGCUCGACCGCUACACAUCCCCAGAGAGCGUCCAAUGGCACUUUGCUUGCAUCAACAACCGCUGGACCAAGCGCGCGCUGGCGUCUGCAGGCUUCGGCUACCCCAGCGCCGGCCAGGAAGAAAUCCACAGAUGGAAACCCAUCUUCAGCGUCGCCGAGAUUGGGGGCAGUUCUUCGGCCGCUGAAGCCGCAGAGAUGGAUACCAACAGACGUCUAUCACAGUAUCCUUCAAACCGUGACGAGGAGAGCGGCCGCGACGGCGUCGUCAAGUCCGAGGACAUCCAGCGCCACAGACUCGAUAAGGAGUCGACUGACUCGAGCACCGGUGCUAGCAACGGCAAUGACUUGUCAAGGGAGAUCACAAAUAGCAAGGCUUAUGCCCGCGCAUCGACGAAGAGGGUUGCUGUCGUGCAGGGCUUGAACAGGCCAUUCUUCCAUAUCGAUGUCAACAGUGCGCUGCAGUCUGCUAUCGCCACGGUCGAGCACCAGAAGGCCUUGGGUCGCGAGGCGGUGCCUAGUGCGGCGGAGUUGAACAGCCAUUUGCCGCCUGGGAAGGAGGUGCAGUAUUAGACCGAAAAUAUAGGCAAGCAAGCCUAUGUUGGGAUGAAUUUUGCAUUGAAUAACAAGAGAUAUACAGUCAUGUACAGGGGAUGUUGGGUUCGUUGAUAAUAUAUUCAUAUGAUUGUUUAAUGGUUGAGAAAGCUGUAUGUCAUCCACUUGCUGUACUCAUCCUAUGCCAACGCACAGCACACAAUAUUGUAUCAAUGUCAGCAUGUGAAUGUCUGCAGAGAGAGAAAACACUCG